GGCCGCCGGCUCCGCACGGCGCCGGCCUCCAGCGUCUUCGCGGCCGCCGCACCGAGGCACGCCACCAACACCACCACCACAGCCACCACCACCACCGCCACCAACGGCACCGACGACAGCGGCAGUGGCAGCUAGCGACAGGAGUGCAGCCAUGUUCGCGCGACUGUGCCAGCACACUGUCGCCGGCGAGGCCAAGAGGCGGCACUCGUGGUCCAGCGACUGCGAUUUCCAGCUGGUGGCCGGGGCGACUCUGCAGCCUCGCGCCCUCUCCACGUGGUACCUCACCGCAACGGAUGGCGUUCCGGAUGUUGUCGGGCCUUGCGGUAGUGGAGGAGGAGUCGGCAGUAGCAGUAGCAGUAGCGACAACAGCAGUGACGAGGAGGGAGGGGACACCGACGACGGAAGGGACGGUGGCGGGGGCGGCAGCGGUGGCAACGACGGCGACGAAGAGGAAGAAGAGGAGGAGGGCGGCGGGCAAGAGGAGGCCGGGGGCUGCGGGGGCGAGGCUGGGGCAGGGGAGGCGCAGCUGAGCGCGGCGCCGCCGCCACGGCCGCAGCCGCCGGAGGACAUGGGCCAGAGGCCUUCGCGGCCUCGCAUCUCGCUCACCUGGGUUCUGCGGAGCGGCGGCGGCGGCGGCGGCGGCGGCGGCGGCGGCAGGCACGCGGCGCCGGGGGCGGCCGUGGCGGCCACCUGCCCAGAGCGGCCGCCGCGCUCGCCCGUCGCCGCGCACGGCAGUGCCGCCGCCAACCAGCACCACCACCAGCACAACCACCACCACCACCACCACCACCACCAGCCGCCGCCGCCUCAGCCGCCAGGGCUGGCCGCGUCGCCGCCGGCGCCCGACGCCGCCUCUACGCCGCCGACGCCCGCGGCAGCGCUCCUGCCGUACGGCGCGCACGCUCACGGCCACGGCCACGGCCACGGCCACGGCCACGGCCAUUCGCACGCGCACGCGCACACGGCCGGGCCCGCAGCUCCGGGGCGCGCGCGCUCCGAGCCGUCGCUGAUGCAGCACAGGCACAGGCGGCAGUCGCGCGCCUCGCACAAGCCGCUGCGCUCCCGCCACUCGCGCUUCGGCUACGACAUCCAGGACGUCGACGCCUUCCUCACAAAGGCUUCGAUCGAGAAGCCGGCCAACAUCCCCGUGGUGCUGGCGUCGCCGUGCGUGCUGUACCAGACGCGCACGGGCGGGUACCAGGAGGAGCUGUCGCUGCCCCUCGGCAUGGUGGUGAACGCCGUCUUCAAGAACCAGUCGUGGCUGUACGUGCAGACGCCGCACGGCGAGGAGGGCUACGUGGGCUACGGCGCGUGCCUGCCGCUGGGCAUCCUGCCGCCGCCGCAGCGCUCCAAACCGCAGCCCUGCUGGGAGACGCACGCCGACAUCUUCCCGCGGCCGCUCGGCAACCGCACCGACAGCGAGAAGCUGCGCGACGGAACUCGCUCCGAGUGCGGCGCCGCCUCCGGCUCGGCGGCGUCGGCGUCGGCGGCGGGCGCGCCGGCCGGCCGCUGCUACCGCGCGCGCGACGCCGUGUCCGCGUGCGGCGAGCGCAGCGUCGACCGGCUGUACCUGCGCGCCGCCGCCAGCGCCAAGUGCCGCGCCGUCGGCACGCGCCACACGCUGCUCGUCAUCCGCUCCGACUACAGCAGCCGCGGCCGCAACACGCUCUCCGUCGCCAAGGGCGACGUCGUCGCGCUCGUCAGCGGCCACCUCAAGGACUGGUUCUGGGUGCGCAGUCGCGACGGCAGCGAGGGCUUCAUCCCGUCCGUCGUGGCCGGACACGGCUUUCUCUGACAGCGGGGGCGGGACAAAGCUGCACAGGCCUCACUACAUUAGCAGACGAUUCGUAUACGGUAACUCAGGUUGUAUCGGCACUACCGAUUAAUAGCGUGCUUUCGGGUGUAGUACGGCCGAGUAGUAGAUUCCGUACGUAUGCACGAUAUUUAGAGCGACCCGGCAGUGGUGUUCGGCUCCUGCAAACUGUGUUCCGAGUACACGCGACGAACACCGACUGGACUUUUCUUUUAAUAUACUGGACCGUCUCGGAAGGAGGCGCACUCACCGCCGAGGAUAUGUGGCAUCUUUUUCGGCUUAGGGUAAGAGUUAAAUUUGUUCUUUUGGCUCACAAUCUGUUUUCAAUUGGCAGUUGACUUAUUGGUCAUUUAUUUUAGAUUAAUUUGUGGAGUACCGUGUCCCGGCAUUUGCUUUACAACCGAAGGAGAAACGACAGAUACGUCACUUUGGACAACUGGCUUUGCUCUGUUCAUUAGGUGAUAUUACCUUCUGUCCCGAAUUUCUUUGUGUAAUGCUAUAAUUCCUCUAGUUUGCAGCUCUUCCGAUUCUCCUCUCCCUUUCAGUCACACCCAUUCGAGAUCCUAUUGUUUUUAUUGUGGUGGUCUCGGGUGUGAAUAUUGGAACCGAGGGAAAUUCAGCACCGCCAGCUGCCGCUAUAAUACGUCCUGUACGAGCCUGAGUAGUCCAUAAACUGCAUUAAGGUUCUCUAUCUCUCUUUGAAUUGGGAUGCACUAAUUACUACACACACCAGUGUGCUGUCUGUGCAAUAUCAUUUUCGGUGCAUCGCUAUUUAUAACAAAGUGCGAUCCCUGGUGUCAGUUACACUCUUUCAAGUUUAUUUGUUUUCUGACGUCAUACUGUUAUUCUGCGAAAUGCGCGUUCUAUCAGGCUUUACUAGUUCUGGUAGAUGAGGUGGCCAAGGAGAUCUUAAUAAACGGAGCACCGGGCCCUGAGCCUUGUUUAAACUGAAACCUCCGUCCCAGUUUUUUAGGUUGGUCGGUUGGUUUAAAAGAGGUCAUAGGCCUCUUGUUCUUAAUGAAACAAUGCCACAAGUGUGAGAAUAAACCAGACAAGACAUAUAACAUAAAACGGAAAGAAAAGAAAAACCACAAGAAUGUAGGAAAGUUAGCAAACACUAAAAGGAACAGGUUUUCUGACAUUUUUAUUCUACCAUAUAUUGUGUAUAAAUAUGUAGUAAACUACUCAUCUGGUACACCUGAAAGCACACCAUUAAUUUUGUCUAGGGCUCUCUGUGACUGUAACUUCUAGGUUAGACUUUCUUUUAAUUAGUUAUAUGCUAUCUCGAGCUGCAAACAUUAUAUUUUUCAGUCUGUGUCCAACAUGUUUUGGAGUGAGAACUACAUCCUCAAAGACUAGAUUAAUGUCUGUGGGGGUUACAUCUCCUGCACCUAGUCGUCUUCAUUCGGUCACACAAUAUAAAAAUAUGGAACUUUGACAUCAAUGCAUCACAACAUUUUGUGACCAAAUGAUUGUGAUUAGGUGAAGCAGAUGUAAAAUCCAAAAACACCAAUGUCUUCAAAAUGUAGUAAUACCUCCAAACUGUGCUGGACUUGAACAGAAAAGUUUAAUGUGAGUGAAGACAGUAUAUUACUAGUAAAAAAUAAGUCUCGAACCUACAGUAGAUUUAUGUUGAGAACUGCUGUUACUUGACAUCUUUGUAACCAUAAUUGUAAGAACAUCAAUGAUUAUUCUGCAAGAAGUGUCAAAAAGUAAACUCCCCACAACUGUUAAAAUUGCAGGCAAUACAGCGUCAAAUGUGAGUGCCCACUUGUGAGGGGUUCAGGUCGAGGCCAUCAAUCUGCCUAUUGGCAGUUUCUGUUUAUCUACAGUUCUGAUAGCUGAAGAUGGUAACUCCAACUCUUCCUUGUGCCCGUUGUAAUGAUAGGUCUCUAAAAAAGAUUUCAUAUAUACAGAUUACAGUGUCAACAUCAAUUUAGCGUUAGUUCUGUCUAGCAUAUGGGCUGGAUGUCAUGAGCAUGCAGCUAGUGUAUUGAUAGUGCAGCCACUUUUUUGAAGGACUAAAUAUGGAAACAAUCCAGAAUACAGUGACAAACAGCUUGUGGAACAGUCACUGCAGACCAUUGCAGAUAACUGUUGCUUUAAAACUACAAGUCUCAAUAGCUAUUUUCUGCAUAUAUCCUAUCCUGGGAACUGAAAUAAAUUUCUAACAGCAGAUGGAGUCUGCUCAAUGAAGGCACCAUAGUGAUACCUGCCAAUUUACGUUGUUCUUACUCCUAAGAAUUUCAACGCUUUCUGACAUCCUAAAAGAUUGCUGUGUGGCAAACAAUCAUAUAAUUUUCAGUGACAAAAUGAUGCAGAUUUUUAUGACAAACAAUAAAAAAUUAUCCUACAGUAUGAUAAGUGUCUCAGUCCUGUGGCUAAAUAUAUUGACAAGUAGCACAAUAAAUGCCGUACAUGUUCUCAAACAUGUUUCCAGCCAACCAUGUUUUCUUUCUGUUUAUGCCUCUUGGAAGAGACUUUGUGGGUAACCUUACUUAAUGCCAGCAUUCCUUCUUUAUUUGCAUAUUUUUGUGUCACACGGUACUCACUUUAGUGCUGCACAAUAUUUCUGAAAAGAAAUGACCACUGUCACAUGGGGAAACAGAAGACACAUCACCAAAAUCCAGAGCUUUACAUUCGUCAUGUGAAACUAAGUUCUUCUACUACAGUAUUCACACUCACAUUUGCUCAUCAAAUGGCAUUCAUGGCAUUGCUAAUGUACUAUAGUCUCAAGAGAUUUAACUGCCUAUCCACUAACAUCAUGACAACUGAGAGUGGCACAUGAGUUUCACCUCAAAGACUAUAGAUCAAUGUACAUUGCUGCAGUGUGAUGCUGGUCAGGUGUAAAUCUUUGGUUGUCUGUUUAUUUUUGUACCUUAAUUGUAAUAAUUCACUUACAUGUUGUACGCUGGUUACAAUAAUUAUGUUUCAGCUUGUUGUUGCCUACUCACAUGUCAAGUUACUCCACAUUUGGAAGUCAGCAUGUAUGAGAAGAAAUAUAAAUGAUACAGACUGUCAAAAAUUGUAUGGUUGUUUAUAUUUUCCUGAUAUUACCAACUCAACAACAAUAACUAAGAAUCCAGUAUACUGCUACUUUCUGUAGCCUGCACAAAAUUUGGGUAUCUGUCCUAGUCAUCAUAAUGUCCUGCUAUUAUGCCCUCAGACAGUAUCAUAGUCUGCUUGUAAUCCUGACAGUAGACACCUCUAAGAGCCUCUCUCAUAGCAUCUAAUAAAAACCACUUGGUCUAUCAUUGAGCAGCUGUACAAGAAAAUAGGUUUUUCCGGAACCUACAUACUGCCGGCAAUAAAUUGAAAUAGUACUACUUUUAAAAGGACGCAAUCUUAAACAGCAUGUAACAAUUUUUUAACCCACAGUGUCCAACAUUUUCGGCCAGGUUUGACCUUCAUGAACUUGUGGGAUGAGAAGUUGGACACAGCGACCACACAAUCACUGAUUGACAGCAACAGCUCCCCUCCCCACUCAAAUGCUCAGCUACGUGCAUGAAAUGAGAGUCUGGAAGGCUGCCUGCUGAUACCCAGUAGCUGUUCCACAAAAUACUCUGUAGUUAUUAGUCAGAACUGACAUAUACUCCAGGAUUUUUUUCUGUAGACUGUACCAGACUGAGUCUUACAAAACUGCAAGUUGUCUUACCAUGUGUCUUCAUUUAGAACUGCUGUGACUUUUUGUUGAUAUGUAUUUGAAAAAAUACUGAAAAAGUAUGUUAUUUCUUCCAGAUUGAAAGAAUGCAAACAUUUUUGAUUUCAUUCAACAUAUUUAUUACUGUGUACCAAAACUGAACUGUGAUGUGGUCAGAAGUGAAACUUUAUUAAACUGCUAAGGAGUACCAGUCUUCACAGAACCUGAUGCAGAACUUUGUUGCUUCCCCAGUCCUCAGUAAUGAAUUAUCAGAAAUCACCUUUGUAGGAAAAAAUACAGUGUGUUCCUUUUAUCAUGAAUGUGAAGUGAAAUUAGUAGUGUACUUUUAUAAAGAACACAAAGAUAUUACAUUUGUCUGAAGUGAUCAACACCAAACAAACUGUUUGGAAUCAUCCUACUAAAUAAGAGAUCAAAGUAGUUUUAAUGUCAGUCUGCAGAAAAUUGGAUAGGCAGUGGCUAUUUCAUGUGGAGAAACAAUUGGGAAUGUAUGUAAAAAUAAUUACUCGUUCACCUAUGUUGGACAUCCAUAGCUUCUAUGUUGGUCUCUGGAAAAAAAAAAAAACUCUGCAGCUUAUAAUCAUAAUACAACUGCUCUGACUAAUUCUUGCUCUUCAACAAUAAUCCACUACAUUUUACAGUAACAAAUUUCAUGUCACAGAGAGAGCCCCACAGAACUUCUGCAGGCAUGCAAAAACACCCUUCAGGCAAUUACAAGCAACUCAUAUUCAAAAGUAGGUUCACUACUUUAUAAAAUAAUUCCUUUAUGGAGGGAAAAGGAGCGUAUUCUAAACUUAAGUUGAGCUGCAUUUGGCUGCAUGGCUUAUCGCUGUACAUUUGAACCCAUUAUAUGUACACAGUGAUGAACGGCAAAAAGGACUAAAGGACUACUGCUCUGGAAAUCAAAAUAUUGGAAAACCUUACCAAUAAAAGUGUCUGUGAAAUGUAACAUUUAAACAUGCCUAUCACACACAAGAUGCACAGUAUAUUUCCAUCUUAAAUAUAUUUUAAUAUAGAAUCUUAUUCAUGCAAAUUGAAAUUUGAUUUUCUGAAUAAAGUCUGGAAAUGUAUAUUAAAUUUUUCUGUUAUGUGAAAAGAAAUGUUUAGCACUAUACACUACAUUUAGAUGCUAUCAAAAUUUGUUAAGUGGUUUACCUUAAGAGUUAUGUAUGUACAAAAAGACACAGACAUUAUGUAUAGUAUUUAUAUUCAACAAUGUAGACCAGUGUAAAAAGUGAGUAUGUGCAUCUAUUAUCAAAAAUGGUGCUGUGAGUACUGCACUUAACAUUAGAAAUAAAAGAACAAUACAAAUAGAAAAGACAAACAUAUGAGCUUGUGAUUUAUUCUUAAAAUCUACUGAAUGCACCUGAGAUAAGAUUUAUUUUGUAUAUUCCAAAGCUGGAAAAGUGUUCUCAGAAUGUGAUGGACAUGAAUUAGUGGCACGCUAAAUGGAUCUCAAUAAGCUAUCCAAACCACGUUAGUCACUAGUAAUAGUUUUUUUUAAAUAUCCAAAUAUGUGUACAGGUAAAACUGGUGUGUCAAUGAAAUAAAAAGAUUUGUUACUUCACAUUCA